AAAAGUACACCUCACAAAGAGUAGUGAAAAUCAACUUUGACAUCAAUUUUGUUUUUUGAAAAAAUUCAUUGUAACUUUCUAGAUAAAAUUUAUAAGAUGUCUAACGUUCAGCAAAACUUCAAUGCAGGCCAAUCCCAUGGGCAGGCUAAGGCUAAGACGGAAGACUGGAUCGGAUCCACUAAGGAUUCAGCUCAAUCAGCCCAGCAGUCUGCUCAAGAAACCAAACAAGAAGCUGCAGGAAUCCUCCAACAGACAGGAGAGCAAGUGAAGAACAUGGCUCAGGGUGCUGUGGAUACUGUGAAGAACACACUUGGAAUGGGUGAUCAGAGAAACUGAUAAAAGCAGAAAUUACCAAAUUGCUUUUCAUAUAAUAAGAAAAACUGCCUCUUUUUGUUAGGAUUUGGGAUGUCCUUAUCCUUAGGAAGCAUAAGCAAAUUUAUUUGUCAGCUUGAUGAUUAAUUUCCCUUUAAUUGGGAAGUCUCAGUUGUAAUAAGCCUGUUGCUAUCUUGUCGUUUACUUUAUAUAGCAGAUGUCAUAAAGUUCCUUCUUUUUUUU